AUGGCGAGUAAAAAGCUCAGUGGUAAAAAGCGUGGCAGAGGAAAUUCAACAGGCUUUCAGACAUCAGCUUUUGAUGCAUUUUUCACUCACAAGCAGAGAAGAAUGGACAACACAGGUAGUGUACAUUAUUACCUAUUGUUUUUAAUAUUAAAUAAUCGUCACGGGUCAAUGUUUUCUUGUCACGGGUCAGUGAUAAAAUGCAUAUAAUUAUAAAUUCUGUUUAAUGUUAUAAAUUAAGGUUAUAUAUUAAUUCUGCCCAUGUUAUAAAUCGCUACUCCAUAUUUCCAUCAACGGUCCAGAAGUAAAAGAUUCAACAGCAUUAAUCGAUUCUACUCUGAAGCAGUGGCUCGCAAAACCAAGGCGAAAGAUGUCCAUUGCAAAUAAACGACCAUCUAACGCAGAAGGGAGGGCACAUUGUGUAGAUGUAUGUGUCCAUACAGGUUGGUUCUUCUGACACUGUCAAUGUUCAUGAUCAGGAAAUGGAAGAUGAAUCGUUAUGUGAACAAGAAGAGUUUGAAGACAACGCUGGAAUGAUGGGGACUGAGGAAGAGGUGGAUGCUGCUGUCAACUUAUUUAAAUUAUCAGCAGUAGAUCUGGAAGAAUACGACACCGACAGUGACGUCGAGGACAGUACUGAUAGUGAUUACGAUAGUUCAGAUUCAGAUUAA